GCUAAUUUUUGGCUGGUGAGGUGGGCUGUGUAUGGGGCCGGGCAGUGUAAGCAGCCGGCUGGGUGCAUGUCGUGAACAGUCGCCUUGUUGGCUGCAGUCUCCUUAUAUUCCGUGAAUAACUGCAUGGAGGUUUUACUCGGAGGUGCUUGAUUGAGCUGUUUUGGUGGAAUAGUACUGCAAGAGAAGUGCCGAGGAAUUACCAUCUGAACAAAAUAGGAUGUAGCUAACCGCAAACCAGAAUGUCAAGUGGAACAAAAGAGACUUGUUGUUAUUCGACUCCGUGUCCAAGACUCAGCGGACUCAACUAACCUGCAGCUAAACCGGCUAACGCUAGCCAAAUUACGGUUUCAAGCAUCCUUGCUUGCUUGGAUCUCACUGACAUUUACUUACCAUGGCGGCAGUGGUUAGCUACUCUCCACCAUGGUGGGCGAACCUUCUACACAGACUUCCCCAUUUCAAUUUAAAGUUCGAACAAACAAGCAGUGAUUUUCGACCAGAGGACUGGUCAUAUCAACAGUCUAUCCUUUUACUGGGAGGUGUGGCGCUUGUCUGUCUGGCCCUGGCACUUCUGUUCCUGCUCUUUUAUUCCAUUUUUCUGUGCUGCCGGUGGAACAAAAAUGAGGGGCGGGCCAACCCCGACUGCUGCUGCACAGCCUGGUGUGUCAUCAUUGCAACACUUCUCUGCAGUGCUGGCAUUGCUGUCGGUUUCUAUGGGAACGGCGAGACAUGUGAUGGAGUGAAUCGACUGACGUAUUCCCUGCGCCAUGCUAACCGCACAAUCACUGGGGUGCAAAAGCUGGUUUAUGACGGUACAUCCUCAUUGAACCAGACGGUAGAUGACAAUCUGCAACAGCUUGAGGGCCAGUAUGUGGAGCACGAGGACUACCUGUCCAUCGUCCAAAAACUGCAGAACCAGCUGGAUGAGCUGGUCAGGCAGAUGGUGGAGAUUCCCUUCUGGGACAACACCAACAUCUCCUUGGAAGAACUGGCCAUCAAGCUAGAGCUUUAUGACUGGUACAGGUGGCUGGGCUACAUAGGCUUGCUACUGUUCGAUGUCCUCAUCUGCCUUCUCGUGCUGUUUGGCCUCAUUCGCAACUCCAAGGCAACUCUUAUAUGGGUGUGCUUGUUUGGUGUAGUUGCUCUGAUAAUCAGCUGGGUCUCCCUGGGGCUGGAGCUGGCUGUCUCAGUGACCUCCAGUGACUUUUGCGUUGCUCCUGACAUGUAUGUCACCGAAGUGGCAAACCAGUAUGGCGUCAUUGAUAAAGACAUCCUGCAGUAUUACCUUAGUUGCAGUUUGGAACAAGCCAACCCCUUCCAGCAGAAGCUUUCCGGGAGCCACAAAGCAUUAGUGGAGAUGCAGGAUGAUGUGUCUGAACUGCUGCGCUCUGCUACCAGAGAAUAUAAACAAACCAAGGACCAAUUGGAAGAGAUUCAGGGGAUACUGAACACCACAGAGAUCAGUCUACAUCAGCUCACUGCACUGGUGGACUGUCGCAGCCUGCACAUGGACUAUGUCCAGGCCAUGACGGGACUGUGUUAUGAUGGACUGGAGGGCCUCAUCUACCUCAUGCUCUUUUCCUUCGUCACUGCUCUCAUGUUCAGCUCGAUCAUUUGCAGCGUGCCUCACACCUGGCAGCCCAAAAGGGGCGACGAGGACAGUGAGGAUGAGUCUCUGAGCCAUGGGGGAAGGCAAAACCACGAUAACCUGUACCGGGUCCACAUGCCCAGCCUGUACAGCUGUGGCAGCAGCUACGGCAGCGAGACCUCCAUUCCUGCUGCCGCCCACACCGUCAGCAACGCACCUGUCACUGAGUACAUGGCUCAGAAUGCCAACUUUCAGAACUCUCGCUGUGAAAACACGCCUCUGAUAGGACGAGAGUCUCCUCCCCCCUCGUUGUAUUUGACUGCCGCGGACAGUAACAGCGGUCAGAGCUGGCAGUUAAAGCCUUCGGAGAGUUCAAGAUCAUUUUGGUAACCUCAUCUGCUAUGCUAACAGUACACGUCAAGCAUGCGGGCCAAGUACCUUGCCAACAGCAGACCAGAUCCCAACAACCCUCCAGCGCAAUAAACAACACCUGACUCUUCCAGGCUGCAGCGUUGACUGCCAUCCAGUCUCCCCCUUCCCGUCAGUCAGUCGUUAUUCCUCAUAGAGAUUUGAACUUUGAGUCGAUCUUCCUUCUGCUUUCCACCGCCGUCUCACCAGACUUAAAAAUGGAAAAACCAAAACGUGCUUUUGCUGUUUGGUUGAAGCAAAACAUAAGGAAUAUAACCUGCAGAUCAUCAAGUCUCAUCUCGUUAGUCAGGCCUUGCUUCUUCUCCAUGUUCCACAAUCUUUGGCUGAUGUUUAUUAUCGCGAGAAUCAUCAUUGGUGCUGGGAAUUCAUCUAAAUGCGAUGGAGCCUGGACUGACUUUUUACACUCCAACUUAAUUGUUUUUAUUUUUCUUAAAAUUUCUUCACACGUGAAUGCACCAUGACGUGUAGAGUGUCACAUCUAACGAGGCAUUGCAGUGUUGAGGACUCUGGAAGUGCUCAUAGGCUAACGCUGAUAACUACUGGUUGUCAUUUUAUUUUGUAGAGUACUGUACUGCGCUCUGGUUGCCGUGGGAGAGUAAAGAGAAAUGCCUUACACAUAAAUAGGAGAGGAAUCAGCUGUUGGAGCGUAGAUGUUAAUUUCUCAUACUCCACUUAGAGCCACAGAGUGUGUUCGUUUCACAGUGCAACAUCUCAGUUCUUCAGGUUCUCUUUCUGCCUGUGGAACUUGAAAUGCAAGUCCGCCAUGCUUGACUCAACCAGUAAAAUUAGCGUUUUUCUCCGGUUAAUGUUGCCACACUGUACAUUACACAUGCACACUGACUUUUUUUUUCCAUUUUAUGUUAAAAUCUGAUGUCUGGGACCAGUUUUCCUGCAAUUUUUUACGUCUUACAGGUGUUAAAUUGAAAUGUUGGGGGUUUUUUUCCCCCCUCUUCUUGGGACACUAUUUCCUGUGACAUUUUUAUAAAACAUUGAUGAGCCACUGUUAGCGACUGUGACUAAGCUGUGCGCUUGAUUCUGGCACAUGCUCUCAGAGGAUUCGGUGAGGACAAAGAGCUGCAUGAUGGGAACGUAGCCGUUUGACGAGAAGAGUCACAGUGUGGGAUGGGAAAAGACACUGAACUGUCACGAAUUUGAUGAAAGACGAUAAGUUUUUAUUCCACUGGUGGAUGAAACUUUGAAGACGAUGGUGAAGCAAGGGAGGAUGGAGCUGUGCAUGAUGUGUGCACCAGACUGCUUGUUAAUCGCUCCACGUGUCUCCCUUAACAGAGCUGGGGAUUGUCCACACACACACACACACACACACACACAUAUACAUCCACAUCCUUGACUUUGAUCUCCUCUACCAAAUGCAGCAGUUUAGAGGUAGAAGUUCCUCUUACUGAUCAUCCCAACAAGACUCUUAAUGUAAGUUUAUGUAAAAUUGCGCAUACCGCAGUUUCUGUUUGUUAAUCCGUCACUCGCCUAAAACACAUUUGUGAGUCACUGCACUGCAAGCAGAGAAGAUGAGUGGAUGCUGUGAUAACUCUGCUCUCUUUACGGUCGGGGAAUUGUUAAAGGAAAUCUGCUGACUUUUCAGUUGAGGCACUUCAGACGUGGAGUGAAAUGUUUGUUGUUCUGCCGCUUCAACUGGCUUCUCUUAGAUGUGCGUUUUGAUCAGUUACAAGAGGUGAAUUCGUUUCCGAGACUGUGCCAUCAAGCUGAGCACGGCUCUUUUACUAUUUUCAAUGUCUUUUAGGCCAGUUUGAAAAGUUGACAGCUCCUGCUUGCCUGUGCAGUCGGAUGGGAAAAAUGAGCCUGACUUUUUCAAAAUUCUCCAUAAAACAUUAUUACACUGAUGCAAUCUUUCUGUUUUUGGGUAGUAGUCAUAUUCUCAUUGUUGUUUGUAAUGCAAGACUAUUGUACAAAUUAUACAUAUUUACAAAAUGAAGAAAAAAGUGUCUGAAAUUGACGUUUCAUUUUUAAUUUCUUAAAAGGCUUGUUUUGCAUUUUUACAAAUUCUUCUGUUUGAUUUGAUUGUAGUUUUUUUUCUGCUUAGAAUCUGUAGCAAGCGAUUUGUGUUGCUUCGUUAAUGUGAAUACGGUAAAUAGAUUUUAAUUUUUCAUUGUUUUGUUUUUUUAUUUCCUGGGAACAAAAUCACUGUAAUUUUUAUUUUUUAUUUUCUACAUAAUUUUUGCAGUCUCUGAAAUGUGUACAUGUUAAAACCUGUGGUUAUAUUGAGCUUGAAUGCUGUGUUUUAAAAUUAAAUGAGUCUUACCUGUAGUGCACCUGA